AUGAAAUUAAGCAUCAUUUCGUUCAUUCCAAAUCAUAGAACUAGCACUAAUUCUCCAACUACAACAACCGUGGAUGGAAUGAAAAGAAGCAGUAGGAAGAAGCAACAGAAGAUGACCAUGAUUUCGUAUCGAACAGAGAUCCAAUCCAUGCAACCUAUGAAUCCCUUCGAUGGAUCGACGGACAUGUCUCACUAUUUCAACGCUGCAUGCGGUAGUGGUGGUAUUCAUGCUUCACCAUACAUGGUCAAUACUUUGAAAAGAAAAAAGUCAAAUUCAAAAACAACAACAACGACCACCAUGACUUCACAUGCUGUACAACAGCAUUCAUGCCAUUGUGAAUCGUCCUCGAGUGUACAUGUUCCACCAAUGUCUACACGUAAAAUUCAAAAGAAGAAACACCGUCCAAGUGAUCAUUGGAUUCAAGUUCAACAACCCAUGAUGAAAAUUAGUAAUGACCAUCAUUAUGCAGGUCCACAACAACAUUCUUCCUCAUGCAUGGAGUGUAACAGUGCAUGCAGUAACAGUAGUGAAGAGAACUCUCAUAUUGUUCACACAACAACAACACCAUCAUCUGAAUCCUCACAUGCUACAUCCUCUUCUUCUGUAAAUGUAACAAAUCAAACCUCAUCAUCCGCUACCAUGCUUCAUGAAGGUACAACAUUCAAAGGUCAGAAAAUUGUUCGAACAUCAAUAUCUAUUCAAGAAUUACUGAAUACAUCUUUUUGA